AUGGCCAGCAAAAGUGAUAAAAUAAAUAAUUUGACUAAUAAAAACGGCACAAAAACCAGUUUCGUCAAAAGAACUGCCCCGAGGAAAGUGAUUUCGUCUCAAGUUAUCAAACCCGGUAGUAGUGGUGGAAAGAGCUGCUCAACAGGAGUUCUAGAUGACGACAGGACCAGCACUAGUGUUUCCAACGCCAGACCUAAGAAGACAACAAAAUCUGACUUCGUUAUUAGUCAGUCAGUCAAAGAUUUCGACUUUUGCAGGAAAUGUGGAGACGCAUUGUCUAAAACUCGUACUCGAAAAUCUGACACAAAAUGUACUCCUUCGCAAAAAUCUACAGGACCUGAAAGACCUAAAUCUAUUACAGUUAAUGAUAGAACACAAUCAGUAGCUCAAUAUUACAGAAACGAGAAUUUCCAAAGAUCCACAGAAUCCGUGCAAGAUGUUGAUGAUUUCAAAAAGAUAUCGUUAGAUACUAUCAAAGAACUGCCUGAAAGACGGUCUUCUGAAAUUGGCAAGCUUAAAUCUGAAACAACAGAAACCCCUGAUGAAGAAAUAGGAUUCCUCGACACUGAUGAUAUUAACAGCGUUAAAAGACUGAAAGAAUUCAGGGAGACAAACUAUUUUGAGUGUCAUUCGGCUAAAUCAAGAAUUGAAAACAAAGUUAGCGCGAUCAGUUUGAAAGACCACAAAUGUACUUACAGAUUCUAUUUGAACGACAGAUUAUUCCCUGUUCCUGUAAGCUCUGAUCAUCAUGGGAACAUCAGAUGUGUUGAAUGUCAUCUGCCAUUAGAUUUGAAACAUUCUGAUGAUGGAAUGAAAGCCAAUGGUUUCAUUCAAGCCAAAAUAAGAAUAGGAAAUGAUAAACCUCGCGACACAGUUAUGUAUUUACCUGUUAAAGAUCAGCUGAUUAUAAGAGAGAGAAAAAGAGAUGAUAAGAAAGAAGAGGAGGUAGUAUAUUUCGGGGUUAUAAAAUUGGAUCGCACUGGCGAUUCGCUUUUUAGUAGGAAUUUGCCGUCGAAUUCUUUCGCCCUGAAAUAUCAGAAAGGUUACAAGGAAUAUCAUCCUAAUAAGAAAUAUGAAUUACAAUGCGUAGAUAUAGAUGAUGUAGUUGUUAUAUAA